AAAAACUACUGCUGUACUGUAAGUCACAAACCAACCUAAGUCACUCAAUUGUGGGGAGCGGAGCAUGCCAUGCAGGCUGGGUCUGGAGAUGGGAGCUAAUCUACUACUGGAACUGCCACGAGAAACUCAUUUCGGCUCUGGUGGAGACGCAAUAAUGCCAAUGGAAUGGAAUGCCUGAUCGAGUACUACUGUACUACUACUGUAGCUGCUUGGUCUUCGGUCCAGACUGCUGGUCAUGAGGACCGUUUUGACUUCCAGGUUCAGGUUCUCAUCAGCCCAUGUGAUGUGCCCAGACGAGGGUAAGGUAGGUAGGUAAGAUACCUAGGUAGGUAUUUUGCGGACGGGCCGGCGUCGUCACCUCACCUCACCUCACCUCAACACCACUUAUUCGCCCUUGACAGAUGAAUCUUGAAUCCCGUCAAAUCGUUAGGUCUGCGGAAACUUCCGCCGCGAGCAUUGUGUUUUCCGCGGCUUUCCAAGGAUGAUUGCCAGCAGAUUGUGAAGCCGACUGCAGGGUAGCAGCAACAAUCAUAUAUAGUUAAAUAGUGCUCUCUUGGGAACAGAUGUACAGAUUCUUGCGCCACACACGAACUCCCAGCAAGAGUUACACCAGACCACGCUCAAUACACAAUGGCAACCGCCCAGAUCGAGAUCGCGCCGGCAACGCACACGGGGCCUAUCGACAAGCGUGUUGACUCUUACGCCACACACCACGAAGUCGCAGCGGUAACCGCCCCGAUCGAGGUUGCGAAGCCUGCCCACACGGUGCCUCUCGAUGAAGAAAAGAGUAAACAUAGCCGCCGCUUCGGGCUCACCUCACCAUGGGAACACUACUACCAUCCUUCCGACUCUGCCCCGCAAGGCCGAUUCGAAUGUGAGAUGGACGAGAUGGUCGUCUUUGGUGAGAUCCCCAAAGAGAUCAAUGGAACCUGGUACCGCAUCCUCAUAGACCCUCACUUCACCCCGCCGAAGGGCACGCCCUUCGUGGAUGGGGAUGGGCAUGUCUCCGCCUUCCGCAUCCAAGACGGCAAGGUCUCUAUGAAGAUCAAGUACGUGCACACCGAGAGAUGGCUUUUGGAACGCAAGGCAGGUCAACGACUCUUUGGUCGUUACAGGAAUCCUUUCGACAUUCAUCCAUGUGUGCGGCUUGCGAAUGACAGCACUGCCAAUACCAAUAUCAUCUACUGGGGCGGCAACGUUCUCGCCUUGGCAGAGCGGGGUCUACCAUACGCUCUGGAUCCGGAUACUCUGGACACAAGAGGUGCAGAUCCAUUUGGAGGUCAGAUAAUUGCGAAAACCUUUGCCGCCCAUCCCAAGAUUGACCCCCACAAGAAUGAGCUGGUCACAUGGAGCUAUUCCGCCAAAGGCCUCAGCACUCCAGACAUUUGCACUUACUCAGUUGACCCCAAUGGACGCAUCUCAAACGAAAAUUGGUUCAAACAAGAUAAGCCCGGGUGGCCACACGAUGGCUGGAUCACCGAUAAUUGGAUUAUCCUUUCCAAUAUGCCAUUUACUGUCAAUUCCGACGAGGAAAUGAAAGCUGGGGGUGACUACUGGAGAUUUAUCCCCGACCAACCUUCGGAACUCCUUGUCACUCCACGCAAGGCAAACUCCCCGAAUCACCCAGACUGGAAAGCUGGCGAAUUCCGUAGGUAUCUGGCCCCUCCAGGGUUGAUUAUCCACACUGGCAACGCAUGGGAGGAGGAAGAUGGCAUCUUGAAACUUGAAAGUCACUUCUUGACCUUCAAUGUGUUUGAUUUCUGGAAUCCAAAAGACUACGAAGGCCCUAAAGGGAAGCCCAGCGGUGACUGGAUACGCUGGACACUGGAUCUUUCCAAGCCAGAUGGAACUACCCUGCCGGCACCUGAGACACUUUUGGAGGGCAUCUUCGAUUUUCCUAUUUUCGACGAGCGAAUGACCGGUCGAAAGACUAAGAUCGUUUAUAUGGGCGGCAUGAUUGUCCCAGACGAGGAUACACGACCCUGCUUCAAUGCCGCCAUCAAACUGAACACAGAGACUGGCGAGAAGUCGAUAUUUCAGGCUUAUGAUGGCGGGAGUAUUGCCGAGCCGGCGUACAUUCCUCGAGGGCCUGAUUGUGAAGAGGGCGAUGGCUGGAUCAUUUUCUAUACCUCGAGCGAGUCAUCACACAAGGGAGAACUGGUGAUACUCGACUGCAAGGACUUCUCAAAGCCUGUCGCCAUUGUACAAUUACCCUUCCAGUUGCGCAAUCAAGUUCACGGAAAUUGGGUCCCGAAUCCACAUCCUGAGACGCCACUGCCGUUGUUGUCAGGACCUAUUAAAGAUGUCACGGCUACCACGGGCUAUUCGCAGUUGAAUAGGCUUUCUUAGAACCAUGUAUAGAAGAGCAUGUAAUCCAGCGCUUCAUAUUAAAACAAUGCGAAACUUUUUCCAUCCCUCCCUGCAUGAACAAUUUCCAGCACUCAAUGUGAAGGAACUGCUCUCGCCUUUAAGAUAGCCUGAAGCUGCACCUGCGAUAUGAGCAUCUGUCAUUACUUAUGAACCCUUCUCGGAUUUUUUUCAGCUUCCAUUCCACAUUUCUGGGCUUCUGCUCAAGAUUUGUAAGGUGCCAUGAUUCUUCUGAAAGCUCUCUCCACUGUACUUCUGACAUCCGAGUUUUCUGCUUGAAAACAUUAAGCCGUUAUCCUAGAACUUUCAUCACACCAGAUUCGGUGCAGGUGCAGGAGAGAGCAUGGCAGAUUGGCGUCCUCUAAUUGUUGAGGUAAUCACUUAAGAUAGAUACAGCAACUCUGCCAACUUCCUUAUCCUCCACUCCGCCUACAGAAUUUUUAACAGCCCUCUUCCCGACGAAAUCUGACGUUCUUGACUUGUCACCAUCAGCAGUUGCUAAGCAUAUUCGUAAGACAUGUCUUCAACGUUGAAUUUAGAUCAUGUAGGCACUACGGCUGAGCUAUGUGAAAGCUUCGGGUAUUGCAACACUGUCGUCAUCAAAUUCCGAUGGAAUAGACAACUUGAGCUUAAUCACCUGGAGUUUAAUGCACUAUUCAAAUGUCAGCGUUCUUCACUUCAUUAUGGUUUCGCUAUGGGCUAUAAACUCCCUGUAAAAAGUGUGUUUAAUGCGGCAGUUGAGGGGAUAGUUCCACUUCUUAUCCUGGCAGUCGAGAUCCGAGCAAGCCAAAACGGAGUGGAUCUAUGUAACGGUCCGGUAUGUACUCGCUAUAAAUACAGAAAGCUGUAGUUAAUCUCUAAUAAUU